AUGGAGCGCAAGGUAACCUAUGUCCUCGCUUUGGUCCUCAUGCUGGCCCUCAGCAGCCUCGCCCAGGAGCAGGCAGAGACAUGUACCAUGAACCCCCGAGAAAGGAUAAAUUGUGGCUUCCCUGGUGUCACCGCCCAGCAGUGCAAGGACAAAGGUUGCUGUUUUGAUAACACUGUCCGUGGAUUUCCAUGGUGUUUCCACCCUCUGGCCAUCCAAGAGCCUCUAGAAGAUCCAGCUGCACACGUGGCCCAUUCCCCAGUCAGCAGCCUGGCACGGACCCUGAUUCCUGCUAAGCGACCCACCCUGUGA